AUGAAUCAAAAGAACGUAACUCAGAUCUCUGAAUUCUUGCUUCAUGGUUUCUCAUCCCAGCCAGAAGUUCAAAGGGUUCUCUUCCUGCUCUUCCUCUCCAUGUAUGUACUCAACCUCUUGGGGAAUAUAACCAUCAUUUUGCUGAUCCGCUGUGAUAUGAAACUCCUACAAACACCCAUGUACUUCUUCUUGAGCUAUCUUGCAGCAGCUGAUAUGGGUUUUGCCACCACCAUCAUCCCGAAGACACUGGAGAACUUACCGUCUCACAAAAAGUCCAUCUCAUACUGUGGUUGCCUGACACAAAUGUUUUUCUACAUAUAUUUUGGCAAUGCAGAUAGCUACCUGCUGGCUUCCAUGGCCUAUGAUCGCUAUGUGGCAAUCUGUCAGCCAAUGCACUAUUCUACCAUGAUGAGCCACAAACGUUGCCUCCAACUAGCCACAGUGUCCUGGACUAUCCCCAUGAUCCAUUCUUUGCUUUAUACCAUUUUGAUGGUCCGCGUUGAGUUCUGCAACCCCGGGGAGAUCCGUCAUUUUAUCUGUGACAUUUAUCCUGUUCUGGAGGUGUCUUGCUCGGACAACAAAGUCAUAGAUUUUGUCUUGAUGACGGAGGGACUAGUAGAGAUCCUGGGGCCAUUUGUGCUCAUUCUCAUUUCCUACGCGUUCAUCUUCUACUCCAUCAUGAGGAUUCCGUCUACAAUCGGAAAGCGCAAGGCCUUCUCCACGUGUGGGUCCCACAUUUCUGUGGUGGUCUUGUUCUAUGGCGGUGUGAGCUGGGUCUAUUUCAAUCCAAGUGCCAAGAACCCAGGCCUCCAGGACACGGUUGCAACUGUGAUGUAUACCAUGGUGAUCCCCAUGCUGAAUCCCUUCAUCUACACCCUCAGGAACAAUGAGAUGAAGUUGGCCAUGAGGAGAGUCAUUAGGCAGCAUUUCUAUUAA